AUGGAGAAGACGAAGUGCGCUGAAGAGCAUCGCAAUAUGCGGAGGGCUGCUUUCUUAGGAGUGGUCAUCAGUACGAUGGCUUCACACAUGCUGGAUGAACUCGGCUUCUGCAAGAGUCGUUCCCGAGACAUGUGGACGGAAAUUUUGAACAUUCAGGCGCAGAAGCCGGUCACUCGACAACGACGGGAGUGGCUCUUCGGACAGUGGGUUGGUUCUUCAGGGGGACUGUCUGGAUACGGGCCGAUUGCUGCUGGAGAUCAGAAUAUUCCGCCAGAGAAAGAGCCUGAGUCACAGCCGCCACCUAGUCAAUACGGCCAACCUCGAGCAAAGAAACCGGAAUCGCCACAGCCGAAGCCAUCCAUUUUGCCCUCUGCAGCAGAAUAUGAAGAAUGUUGUACCUGCCAUCAGGGUUUGCCUGGACUUCCAGGACCACCGGGCAAAAAUGGCAAGGACGGAAUGGAUGGAAAACCUGGAGCCGAUGGCAAAAAUGGAAAAAAUGGAAAGAUUUUGCAGCCAGAAGGCUCGACACCAGAACCAUGCCAAAUAUGUUUACCAGGACCACCUGGCGCAAUAGGAGAACAUGGUCCAAGAGGGCCGCCUGGUCCUAAAGGCCGUCCUGGUUCUCCAGGAAUUAACGGUCAUCGAGGAGAGAUGGGUCUUGCUGGUCCUCCCGGUAUAGCAGGACCUAGCGGCGAUUCAGGACCUAAGGGACCACAAGGUGUCAAUGGAAAAAUAAUCGAAGUUGAGGGACCUGAAGGUCCACCAGGCAUUGAAGGAUCGAUGGGCAAACAAGGUCCACCAGGAAGUCCAGGAAAAGACGGUAAAAAUGGUCAGAAAGGUCCACAUGGAGAUACCGGUGAGGCUGGACCGCCUGGCAAAGAGGGCAAACCAGGUGGAAUUGGUCCGCAAGGUCCUAAAGGACCACCAGGUUCACCCGGAAGCUGUGAUCACUGUCCCAUACCGCGAACUGCACCAGGAUAUUAA